AUGACGGCGCCUCUUAUGUCCCUCACCCUGCUGCGGCGGGCUUCCCCGUCGCAAUCCUUCUACAAUGGCUUCAAGAGGCACUUUUCCAGCACCGUCUCGCGUGAAGCUUCAUGGGGCUUCAUCGGCCUGGGUGCCAUGGGCUACCCCAUGGCGAAGAACCUCCGAGCCAAGAUCCCCGAAGGUGACUCGAUGACCGUCUUCGAUGUCAACACCGCGGCCCUGGAGAGUUUCUCGCAGGAAGCUACACCGACCGGCGUCGUCGUGGCCAAGAGCCCUCGGGAGCUGGUUGAGAAUGCUGACAACAUCAUCUCAGCACUCCCUGAACCACGCCACGUCAAGGGCGUCUUUGAAGAAAUCCUCGCCUCGUCCCUCCCCAAAGCACCCACCGAGCAGUCGAGACUCUUCAUCGACUGCUCCACCAUCGACCCCAUCACCUCGCGCGAAGUCGCCAAAAUGGUCAAGGACAAGGCGGGCGCGGACUUCGUCGACGCUCCGAUGUCCGGCGGCGUGGUCGGUGCCCGUGCUGGCUCGUUGACGUUCAUGGUCGGGUGCGAAGAGAAAGACCUCCCCAAGAUCGAGAAGAUCCUGCUCCUCAUGGGGCGGAAAGUGUGGCACAUGGGCCCGCAGGGGACCGGGCUGAGCGGGAAACUGGCCAACAACUACGCGCUGGCCAUCAACAACAUCGCGUGCGCCGAGGCGAUGAACCUGGGCAUGCGGUGGGGCAUCGAGCCCAAGGCGCUGGCGAACCUGCUGAAUUCGGCCACGGGGAAGAGCUGGCCCAGCGAGAUCAACAACCCGGUGCCCGGCGUGAUCGCGACCAGCCCGGCCAGCCGUGGGUACGAGGGCGGGUUCGGCGUCAGCCUAAUGAACAAGGACUUGCGGCUGGCCAUGGCGGCGGCGCAGGAGGCCGGCGCCAAACUCGCCCUGGCCGACAAGGCCAAGGAGGUCUACGACCAGACGGAGAAGGAGUACAAGGGCAAGGAUUUCUCGGUCGUGUAUCGCUGGCUGGGCGGGAAGGAAUAA